CUCAUAUUUUUGCGUGAUGUCUUUCCAUUCCCUGGCUCCAGUGGCAACACGCUACAUGCGGUUCAUUUUUCCGUCGGCUCACGAUUCACCUGGGACUGGCUGCGUCCGCAGUAUGCCGUUUUGUCGCGCUACCCAGAGCGCAUCACACAUACAGCCUACAUUCUCCACGGCUGCCGUUGCCAUGGCAACCGGGGCAGUGUGUUGGUUGCUCGAGGUGCAGACACUUUUGCCGGCUCCGGCGACGAGGUGGGCAACAACGUGUACGCCUAUCACUGGUCUGAGGUCGAGAUCUCGGCCAACGGACCGCGGAGAUCACGAUUUCCACUCGAACCGGCUUCUGGCGGCGUCGUGAUCGACUUGCCAGGCGUCUGGAGACGGCCUGACUGGCCAUUGCUCGUGGACCUCUUGCACAGGAUCCACGUGACGGGUUUGCUGGCGACGGGAAACCGGGCCUUUGAGCUCCGCCUGACAGGGGCUCGAGCUCAGGUCCGAGUGGUGCAAAGUAGGAUCGUGGGCAACUGGUGCCCUCCGGCCGAGGGAUUGGUCACCUCGGCUGGAUUGGUUGACUUCUCGGGCGCUGAAAAAGCGAUCGUGUUGCAAACCAAUCAGUUCCUCGGCAACCGAGGAUGCGAUUUCGUGUUACGACUCAUGGCAAACCGACAAACAAGCCCACCGUUGUCGCCGGGCGACGAGGCCUCCGCUCUGAUAGACGCCAAUGAGUUGCGCGGUAACACAUGUUUCAUCCGUCGUCGGGGUCGCCAAGUCAACGAACCCGACACUUCCGGAGGUCUGGUGCGACUCUCCACUUGCUAUACCAUUGGUAUCUUCGGGGUCCAGAGUGCUGUCAUUCACUACAACAUCCUAGACAACGGCAAGCAACCUGGCGCGGAAGAGACGUCCGACAAUGUUACACUUUUACUAUCGGACACUGGAAACAGCGUGACUACUCACGAUUUGCGAAAACGAGCUCAAAGUACUUUAUUAGAUGCCGGCCCAACGUUUGGGAAUAAACCAGAUCUACAACCUGAAGCUGGAAACCCUCAUAACUACUAUGACCGAGGACUGCGAACAAGAAUAUUUUCUUCAUUUUAUUCUCUUCCUACGCCUCCCUCUCGGUUUGCUACCACCCACCGACGAUCACAGGCCAAUCGAGGUGCCCCAAUGCGACACGAGUUGAUCGCCGGUGUCGUCUUUGCUGCUCCCCUUCUGCCCUCGAGUCGACUCGAUGCCAGAUUCAACUACUGGGCCGUCCAGGAGCCGGAGGAUGUCGUCAAGCGAAUUUUCGACUUCCUAACAUGGAACAGUCUGCCUGUUGUGCAGUUCUGGCCGAUUCUCACUCAUGCCACGGUGAGUCUCUGUUGGCACCCGCUUGAGGGUCGGUUGGCCGACCAGAAUCUGCCAACUCGACGACUAUUUUUUUUCUUUGAUCUAUUAAAACCUGGCCACUUUAUGGUUGUACAUCAGUGGUGCAUCUCUCUAAACGGUACUCAGUAA